AUGCUUGCCUUUUGUCCCUGGAAGACGCCUGCCAGUGCCACAAUGCUGUCAUCCGGUGACUUUGCAUCUGCGUCCUGGGAGCUAGUAGUCCGAGUUGACCACGCCAGUGAGAAGCAGCAGAAAGACGUGACGCUGCAAGUGUCUGGGGACCUGCAUGUCGGGGGAGUGAUGCUCAAACUGGCAGAGCAGAUGAACAUAGCCCAGGACUGGUCAGACUUUGCUCUGUGGUGGGAGCAGAAGCGUUGCUGGCUUCUGAAGACCCACUGGACCCUGGACAAGUGUGGGGUCCAGGCCGACGCCAAGCUCCUCUUCACCCCUCAGCAUAAAAUGCUUCGCCUUCGCCUACCCAAUGCCAAGACAGUGCGACUUCGAGUCAGCUUCUCAGCUGUGGUGUUUAAGGCUGUCGCUGAUAUCUGCAAAAUGCUAAAUAUUAGAAGACCAGAAGAACUUUCAUUAUUAAGGCCUUCUGGUGACUAUUCUAAGAAGAAAAAGAAAAAAGAAAAAAAUAAUAAAGAGCCAGUGAUUGAAGACAUCCUGGACUUGGAAAGCUCCUCAACAAGCUCAGGUUCCCCAGUAAGCCCUGGCUUGUACAGUAAGACCAUGACACCUACAUAUGACCCCAUCAAUGGGACACCAGCCUUAUCCACUAUGACUUGGUUUGGUGACAGCCCUUUGACGGAGCAAAACUGCAAUGUUCUGGCCUUCAGCCAACCUCCUCCACCACCGGAUGUGCUAGCCGACAUGUUCCAGCCUCGAUCUUUGGUUGACAAAGCCAAGAUGAAUGCAGGUUGGCUGGACUCAUCAAGAUCCCUUAUGGAACAAAACAUUCAAGAGGAUGAGCAGCUACUGCUGAGAUUUAAAUACUACACCUUCUUUGACUUGAAUCCUAAAUAUGACGCUGUACGAAUAAACCAACUCUACGAGCAAGCCAGGUGGGCUGUUCUCUUGGAGGAAAUCGACUGCACAGAAGAAGAGAUGCUGAUCUUUGCAGCCCUGCAGUACCACAUCAGCAAACUGUCGCUGCGUGCUGAGAUACAGGACUUUGCAGCCAAGUCCGAGGUUGAUGAAGUGGAAGCCGCCCUGACUAGUUUGGAAGUGACUCUCGAAGGAGGAAAGGCUGACAACGCUUUGGAGGACAUUACUGAUAUUCCUACACUUGCAGAUUACCUCAAAUUAUUUCGGCCCAAGAAGCUAAUGUUAAAAGCUUUCAAGCAAUACUGGUUUGUCUUUAAAGACACAUCUAUAGCCUACUUUAAAAAUAAGGAACUUGAACAAGGAGAGCCAAUAGAAAAACUAAACAUCAGAGGGUGUGAAAUUGUGCCAGAUGUAAAUGUAUCGGGGAGAAAAUUUGGAAUCAAGUUACUAAUCCCUGUUGCUGACGGUAUGAAUGAACUGUACUUGAGAUGUGACCAUGAAGAUCAAUACGCCCGGUGGAUGGCUGCCUGUAUCUUGGCAUCGAAGGGUAAAACCAUGGCAGACAGCUCCUACCAGCCAGAGGUCAUGAGCAUCCUUUCAUUCCUGAAGAUGAAAAACCGGAACUCUUCACCUUUGGUGGCUUCCAGCCUCGAGAGCAUGGAUGUGAAUCCGGAAUGUUUAGUAUCACCUCGCUGUGCAAAAAAGCACAAGUCUAAACAGCUGGCAGCCCGGAUCCUGGAAGCUCACCAUAACGUGGCUCAGAUGCCUCUGGUCGAAGCCAAACUGCAGUUCAUCCAGGCCUGGCAGUCCUUACCUGAGUUCGGCCUCACCUACUAUCUUGUCAGAUUUAAAGGAAUCAAGAAAGAUGACAUCCUGGGCGUUUCAUAUAACAGGUUGAUUAGAAUCGAUGCAGUCACUGGGAUUCCAAUUACAACAUGGAGAUUCGCCAAUAUGAGGCAGUGGAAAGUCAACUGGGAAAUCCGCCAGGUGGCAAUCGAGUUUGACCAGAAUGUCUCCAUCGCAUUCACCUGCCUAAGUGCAGAUUGCAAGAUUGUGCACGAGUACAUCGGUGGCUACAUUUUCUUGUCCACUCGAUCCAAGGACCAAAAUGAAACACUCGAUGAGGACCUCUUUCACAAACUGACUGGUGGUCAAGACUGAAGUGAAGCCGACCUACCUGGCCCACGUGGACUUCGGAGUCCUUCCUGGAUGGACAGAAUC